AGGACAAGCCAGAGGUCUUGCUGUGCCCCCAGAAGUCUACCUGAAGGUCUCAUCCAGCCACUCUGAGGAUGGAGCUAUCCACCCGGGAGCUGUUUCUCAACUUCACCAUUGUCCUGAUUACAGUCCUCCUCAUGUGGCUCCUUGUGAGGUCCUAUCAAUACUGAGAGGCCAUGCCUCACUCCUGGGACUGACUGAGAUGCUCUGGAGCUGCCUGCUGCAUACCCUGAGGUCCCAC